AUGACACGAAAGAAACCACUUUAUAAUACCAACCCUUCUUUUACCCGUUCACCAUCCUCCUCCUCCUGCAUCAGCACCCAACGAGAUCAACACCACCACGAGUGCGAACUCAUUGAAAUUCUUAACUCCUUCGGUAUUAAAACUCGAGUCGAUCAUGAUUUUAUGAACUCGGAUCACGUCAGUAAUUUUCAAACCAUGGCGGCCAUGCAGAAUACAUUACCGACCACUCGAGUGGAUUACCUUCUUGCCGAGCAUUUCAGGAAGGAUCAAACACAAUUGGCCACUUGUUUCACCUGUGAAUCGAGUAGUGCUUGUUCCGAUGAUCGAUUUGAUACCAUUGUUGUUCGAGUCAUAGUGUUUUUCAAGAACUUUAAAGAAGAUGUGAAACAUUUACCGCAACACUGCUGCAAUCCUUAUCAAGUUCUGAAUUCUGUGGUGUCUAUUGUGGAUGUGGAUCACGAGAGAAAACAUGUGUAUAUUCGAGUGAAAAGAAGUUUGCCACUCGAAGUGAAUGCUUCAAAGGGUCGUCCAUGGUCACAACAUGAGCCAAAGAGUCGUAGAAACAUUCCAAUCGAAGAGUGGGAACACGAAGAUGGUACACCACGCUCGCAAUAUGCUUACUACAUGAUGGGACGAGUCGAUAACAAGAGUUGUUUCUUAAUGAAUUUUGACAAGUAUGACUUUAUUGCGGAAGAUGAACAAUUUAACCAUUUCACAUCCAUCAAUGACAUUUAUCAAGCAAGUACACUGUACAACAAGUGUAACAAAAUGACAAAACAUGGAAAAAGAACUGGCCAAUCGAAAGGAAGUAAUGUGAAACGUGUGUUCUUUUCUACAUAUUUUGUAUCUGGUGCAAAAGAUCCUUACCAUCGUUUUUGUUUUAAGAAAACGUUAAGGAGUAGAUAUACAGGCUCAGAAAUAGAAAAGAAUGUCGAAUUACGAAAUGGAAUUACUGCCUCUCAGCAUGUUUAUAGGCAUUGCAUAGGAAAGGUGGAUUUAGGAUUAUACGAAAUGGAAUUGAAAAAUUGGAGUUGGUACAGAACUCACCAUUUACUCAAUUGUUUGGAACCAGAAAUUAUUCACCUUGUGAAUAAUUCUUGUUAG